CGGCGGCCGUAGCGUCGGCAGCGUCGACGGUAAUCUGCGGCCGGCGGCCGGACAGCACGCGUUAUCGGGACCUGAACGAUGGCAGGCGGGACGGACAGUCACGAGAGCCCAGCGCUCAGUCCAGUGGAGCUGAUGAUGCGCUACCUGGACUCGCUGCCGCAAGACUUCAGCGUGCGCGAAGAAGUACGCUCGCCCAAGUUCUGGAAGGCACUGCGGGCGGAGUUGCUCGCCUCGCUGCUGCUGGCGGUGUUCGUGGCGGGCGCGGCGGAGAGCGUCGGCGAGACGGGCGGGAAGGCGACGGCCAGCGACGCCGGCGCGGCCCGACUGGUGCUCGCCUACACGCUGACGGCAGCGUCGCUGGUGCAGUGCGUCGGCAACGUUAGCGGCGCGCACGCCAACCCGGCGGUGACGGUCGGCCUGCUGGUGUGCCGACUGGUGUCGCCGCUGCGCGCCGCCGCCUACGUCACCGUCCAGUUGCUGGGCUCGCUAGCCGGCGCGCUGAUUCUGUACGGCCUGACACCGCUCGACGGACCGCAGCUGGCGCAGGUGGCGGCCGUGCGGCCGGGCGUCUCCCUGACGCAGGCGUUCGGCGCCGAGUUCCUGGCCACGUUCCUGGUGGUGUUGACCACGCUGGCCUCGCUGGAUCCGGUGCGUCAGGAUGCCGGCUGCAAGGCUCUCUCCAUCGGACUGGCCUACGGCGCCGGAGCCCUCUUCGCGUUUCAGUUGACUGGAGCUGGACUCUGCCCUUCUAGGAUCUUCGGCUUGGCCGUGGUGUACAACUCCUGGACAAAUCACUGGGUGUACUGGGUCGGUCCCACCUUCGGCGGAAUUUUGGCCGGCUUCACGUACGAGUUCGUUCACGAGUCGUCGGCGCAGGGGCGCUGGGUGCGCCGCUCGUUCCGACGGCGGCCCGGCGCACCGCUCAGAGGUCACCUGGGUCAGCGAGGUCACGGCCAGCUGGGGCGCGAGGCCAGCGGCAUGAGCAGCAUCACCACCGACUGCUUGCAGCCGUCAGCCGCCGAAGACGUGUCCAGCAUCAGUCGACAUUAGGGGAUGAGGCUGGGGCUGACAGACUCAGAGACCAGGGCUGACAGGUUUGGAGACAGAGAAUGGCGGCCUGGGGGCGGGCGUCGCGGCCCAGGGCUGUGGCUGACUGAUGCGGAGAAUGGGGCUGACAGGUUUUUCAUCGGGGCAAGCAGGUCCAGAGACGAAGGUGGACAAUACAGAGACCACGCCUAGCAGGUACUCAGACCUGGCCGGACUAGACCAGCGUCGAGCCUGGCACGUUCAGGCCGUGAGGUUCGGGUGUCAAGACCAGACCGGCCUGGUCUGGUGGCAGUGGCUGGCAUAUCCAGACACCCCGGCUGACGGCUCCAUGAAUCGGGACCCACCGAUCCCGAGACUAGAACAGACACACCCAGAGACGUGGGCUGGCAUAUCCAGACACCCGGGCUGACGUCUCCAUGAAUCGGGACCCACCGAUCCCGAGACUAGAACAGACACACCCAGAGACGUGGGCUGGCAUAUCCAGACACCCGGGCUGACGACUCCAUGAAUCUGGAGACACCGAUCCAGAGACUAGAACAGACAUACCCAGAUACGUGGGCCGACAUAUCCAGACACUUGGGUCGACAGCUCCAUGAAUCGGGACCCACCGAUCCAGAGACCAGGCCCUGACAAACCCAAAGACGAGGGCUGACAGGUCCAGAGAUGACGAUAAGGCUCAUUUGAUAAUGAUCAUGAUGUCUGACAGGGGACAGCUGACAGCAGCCAGUCAGCGCACCGCCCCGGUUCGCAUGAUUCAGGACAGUGUGUCAGACAUUUGAAUGCAUGAUUGUUGCGCCGAAAUGUUAAGAAUGCGUGUCCCGCCGAUUGGAAUGUGUAAUACACCGCGAGUUAUACAAAUGCAUCAUUUUGACAUUGGUGUGCUGCGUUUAAUGGAAAUGUUCAGCGACUUUGCAUUGCUUAACGCAAUUAGCCGUGCAACUUUAGAGCGGUAAUAAAAUAAAAUCAACAACCUUUUGGGGUGCAGCCACUGUCAUUGUCAUACACGUACUUGGUGCUUACUGCGAUGUUGUUUUGAUGCAUUGCAACGUUCUUAACAUGCUUUAAGUUCUGUGUUGACU